ACAAAUUUGAUAAGCGGCGAGGCCGAGGCGAGGCGAUUAAAUUAAACUCGCGACUUUCUAGUGUCUCUUUGUUUCUUGGCUCAGAGUCGUAGAGGUCUACACCAGCUCUGUCCAUGGCGUUUAGAACGGGAAUUUCCAGAAGGAUGAUGAUGAGGUCGGGGUUUGGACUUCGAUCGAUGUCUUCGUGGUGGGGGAGCGUGGAGCCCGCUGCCAAAGAUCCGAUCCUUGGUGUUACUGAAGCUUUCUUGGCCGAUCCCAGUCCUGAUAAAGUCAAUGUUGGAGUUGGUGCCUACCGCGAUGAUAAUGGGAAGCCUGUUGUUCUUGAAUGCGUUAGAGAAGCAGAGCGAAGGAUCGCCGGGAAAUUAAACAUGGAAUAUCUUCCCAUGGGAGGAAGUGUGAACAUGGUCGAAGAAACACUGAAGUUGGCAUAUGGAGAGAACUCUGAAUUCAUCAAAGAUAAGCGGAUUGCAGCAGUGCAGGCUCUCUCUGGAACUGGUGCUUGCCGACUUUUCGCAGACUUCCAAAAGCGUUUUCGGCCUGACUCCCAAAUUUAUAUACCAGUCCCAACCUGGGCUAACCAUCAUAACAUCUGGAGAGAUGCCCAGGUCCCUCAAAGGACUUUCCAUUACUAUCAUCCAGAGACAAAGGGUUUAGAUUUUGCAUCACUGAUGGAUGAUGUAAAGAAUGCUCCAAAUGGAUCAUUCUUUCUACUUCAUGCUUGUGCUCAUAACCCUACUGGAGUGGAUCCUUCAGAGGAACAAUGGAAAGAGAUCUCAUACCAGUUCAAGGUCAAAGGUCAUUUUGCCUUCUUUGACAUGGCAUAUCAAGGUUUUGCUAGUGGUGACCCAGAGAGGGAUGCCAAGUCCAUCAAGAUUUUCCUUGAGGAUGGUCAUCUAAUUGGCAUUGCCCAAUCGUAUGCAAAAAACAUGGGACUCUAUGGCCAGAGAGUGGGAUGCCUAAGUCUGCUCUGUGAAGAUGAAAAGCAAGCAGUGGCUGUCAAGAGUCAGUUGCAGCAGAUUGCUAGACCCAUGUACAGUAAUCCACCUGUUCAAGGUGCUCUCAUUGUGUCAACUAUUCUUGGUGAUCCAGAAUUGAAGAAAUUAUGGCUCAAGGAAGUUAAGGUUAUGGCAGAUCGCAUUAUUGGAAUGCGAACUGCUUUACGAGAAAACCUAGAGAAGUUGGGGUCCCCCCUGUCUUGGGAGCACAUUACUAACCAGAUUGGCAUGUUCUGCUACAGUGGUUUGACACCUGAACAGGUUGAUCGAAUGACAAAUGAAUUUCAUAUCUACAUGACUCGCAAUGGUCGCAUCAGUAUGGCAGGUAUUACAACUGGAAAUGUCUCAUAUUUGGCUAAUGCCAUCCAUGAAGUGUCAAAAUCUGCUUAGAGAAGCAUUACAGGAAAUAUACCUCAACUAAGAAAUGAUCUAGGAGCCAUAGAAAGGUAACCAAUCAUUACAAUUAGCCUAAGUUUUUUCAUACCCGUUCAACCAUUCCCUUUUCUACCAAGGAGCAAUAAAUUGGACUUGAGUUAUGCGCUCUUCACAUUUUUUCUCUCUUUCUGUUGGUUAUUGUAAAAUGCAAGUUGAAUUUCGGGUGGUGUCCUGAUUCUCUUGUAUGUAAACCAUUGGGGGGAGCAAAUGUAUUACAUUUGUCCAGUUUUCUUGGGACAAUAAUUUGGUUAGCAAUAAGUCGAGGCAGAGGAUGAAAUUGUCAUACAGGAGCAUUGAAAACAAAAGAAUCAUUGGAUGUUUGGAUUCCAAUAACAUUUGUUGUGUCUUUUAAUAAAUUGAAAUCAAAGGAAAUUUGAUUUAGGAUAUUUGC